CCAAUAUGGCGGGUGCGUAAGAAUCUCUUUUCAAGAAUUCAGCAAAAUUAACUCAAAGUUUUACAAAAUUAGUGACAUUUUAACAUUGCAAAAUGACUACCAUUGCAGAUUUAUUCACCAAAUAUAAUUGUACAAAUUGCCAAGAUGAUAUUCAGGGAAUACGUGUGCAUUGUGCUGAAUGCGAAAACUUUGAUUUAUGCCUGCAGUGUUUUGCAGCGGGAGCAGAGAUUGGCUCUCAUUUAAACAGUCAUGCAUAUCAGUUCAUGGAUACGGGGACGGCGAUUUUAUCGGUGUUCCGGGGUAAAGGUGCCUGGACUGCAAGGGAAGAAAUACGCUUACUUGAUGCUAUUGAGCAGUACGGUUUUGGCAAUUGGGAAGACAUCAGUAGGCACAUUGAGACCAAAUCAGCUGAGGACGCCAAAGAAGAAUACGUCAAUAAAUUUGUAAAUGGUACAAUUGGACGCCAUACUUGGACUCCAGCGCAGGCUCAACGUCCAACAUUAAUCGACCACACUAGUGACGAUAAUGGACCAUUAGGCGCAUUAGCUCUGCAACGAUUACCGCCAUUGGACAUUACACAGGAAGAAGCAGCUCAGUUAGGAUACAUGCCAAAUCGUGACAGUUUUGAACGGGAAUAUGAUUUUACGGCAGAACAAUUAAUUUCGAAGAUGUCAUUGAAUGCCGAUGACACAGAAGCGGAUUAUUUACUUAAACUGUCACACGUCGAUCUGUAUACAAGACGACUUAGAGAACGUGUUCGUCGCAAGCGCUUGGUUCGCGACUAUCAACUUGUAGCAAAUUUCUUUCGUAAUCGCAACUAUGCUCAGCAUCCAGGGUUAACAAAAGAGCAGAAGGAGUUUAGAGAUCGUUUCCGGGUCUAUGCACAAUUUUACACCUCCGAUGAAUAUGAACGCUUGUUAAAUUCAUUGGAACGUGAAAAAGAGCUACGCAUUCGAUUAUCGGAACUGUGUCGGUAUCGCUACAAUGGUUUGACUAAGAUUGAUGAAUGUCGUCACUUCGAGCAACAUGCCGCCAUGGCAAAUCGAUCAACCGGACCGUAUGGUCACGGAAAGACUGACAAUCUCAACACUGGAAAUCCGCGGCAGCCAGGCUAUUCCUUGCACUCCCCACAACACAACAACCGAAAACUCGAACUGCCAAACGCAAACGAAAGUCCAAAUUCCAUCGUGCAAAGCAACAUGCCCCACACAGGAGACCAGAUCUCUUACGCCGUAUCAUCGCACAACAAAAACUACUUGGAUAGCUAUCGGGUAUCACCGGCACAUACGACGACAUCGAUGACGCCGGGUGCAGGAAUGAAUUCAAUGUCAACACCAACGUCAUUAACACCGUUAAUGAAAUCUCAGCUGAAUACGAAUCCGCCUCACCUGCAGCAGUUGCUCACAGUGUCAGUGAAAAAUCCACCCCAACUACAAGUAAACGACGUCGCCAUAAUACAAAGUCAGAACGCCGAAAAAGCACAACUUCAACAAUUGGAGAUUCAAGGCAGUGUGAUGACAACAACACCCUCAAACGCCCCAAAAGGUCAUCAAUUAACUCCUACCUCAGCUAUGCCGAUGAGUAGUAUUUUAAGAGCUCAAUUGGAAGAACUGAAACAACUACCACAACCGCUGGGGACGCACCUAUUGUCGAGUAACGAACAACAAAUAUGCAAUUUAUUUAAUUUGCCACCUACAUCGUAUCUUUCCCUAAAAACUCUUCUUCUAAGCGGUGCUCCAGUCACUUCAUCCAAUCUUUCUCCAGUUGAAAGUUCAAUUAGAAAAUAUUUUAUAAAAGUUGGUUGGUUGAGCCAUUGA